AACUAUCAAGUCUGUUUUUGAGGUGCUUAGCCUGCAGUUAGCAGCUGUUGCUGGUCUUCCCUCGUUCUUUGCUGGCAGCGGUCUGGGUAGCUAUUGCCCAUCAUGGCUCUGCCUGGGAAUAGUCUGGUAGAGCAGAUGUCACAGCUAGACGCAGCUCGAAAUCUCGUUCUCGGCGAUGCAGCCCUCUAUCCUCAGAUCGUCCAUGGCAUACUACCUAUAAUUGGCGUCAAUGCGCGGUUGGAGCUACGAAGAUGGGGGGCCGAGUUUCUCACCGAGACUUUUUCAAGCCCGGCUUUCCCUCAGCAACCGAAGCAGAAAUUAGCUACUGAAAUCCUCGGUGCGGUUAACGAUUUGCUGAAUACACCUGAGAAUGAUGAGACUGUUGUCCGAGGUGCUAUCAUGACAGCUGCAAGCAUCUAUGUUCUUAUUUUUAGACAAGUGUAUGUCAUGACUGUCUUGCAUAUCCCACCAGCUCUACAUGAGUUAUUGCAUCAUCUGAAUGAAAGAACCCAAAAUACUAAUCCCUUUUAUUUUCUCUAUAAUUAGUGUGAGCGAUGCUAGCCAGGCUUCAUUGUGGCAAACGAUGACAACCAUAAAACAUACUAUAUUGAAGAAAUGGGACGCGUCUUCUCAUGGUGUUAAGAUAUGCUGUAUCAAGUUUGCACAGAAGGUUGUCCAAGUACAAACACAGGGACCAAUAGCCGAUCCAAGGGUAUGUGAUGGCCGUAAUGUCAAGAGAAUGCAGGAGGGGCAUUUUCGGAGAGCUAAUAACCAGAUCCAGCGACCGGAGAAGAACGAAACCUCCUUAGCAAUCGUCCCAAGAAAUCAUCCACUCCUAGCUAUACCUAACAUUGAAGCAGAGACAUCAGGACUUCUGGAUAGACUGCUUAAUGUUUUCCACGAGAAUUCAAGGUCAGUUGCCUCUCCACAUCGAGCUAAAGGCCCAGCUUUUAACCAUGAGACACAGCGAUCCCAUUUUGGUCAACGCAACCCUCAAUUCGAUCCCAGUCCUAAUACGAACCCGGCCUUCUAUCUCAAACAAGAUCAUAAAUGCCAUCCUCAACUUCAAUCCGCUCAAACAGGCAAAUUCGCCAAUCACACCAACAACGAAAGUAAAUAUUAAGUCUAUGGAAAGGACGACAAGAGCGCUAUUGUUAAGUAUAGUUAAAAAGUGCGUAGAUCACACGCCAGUAGCCUCCCGACAUGGUUCGGCUAACGGUGAAUUGCUAUCUAGGGCUCCUACCCACCCACUGGCCGGGCGUAUUCAACAAUACAUUGAGCGACUGGCACAAUCACACAAUGAGAUAUUCGAUGAAGCAUCACGGAAACGCGCUUUACCCGCAGAACCUACUGAUGUAGUAGAUAGCGCAAAGCGAGCAAGGCUGGGCCUUGAAACACCACCUCAGCACAAAAUUCCUCCACUUCCGCCAGGCCCUACAAGUUUCGGACAGCUGUUUACCCUUACAGAGGAUGUCGGUCUCGCUUCGUUCGACGUGAAGCAGCUCCCGGUAGACUUGGUGGUGAAGAUUAUCAUCCCAGUACUUACUCGGGUGGGAGGAGAAUCCUUGGAUUUGGCUAUCGGGGUACGUUUAUCCCUGUUCCUGACCAGGUCCCCUUUGGAUUUGAGUAUAUAUACUAAAGAAUUUACAGGCUGUUCGUUCUCGAUAUGAGACCAUCUGCAAGAAGCAAGUAUUUGAAAGACAAAACCAGGCCGCCAGCGCACCUCCUGCAGCUGAUGAAGACGACGAUGACUACGAGCCAGAGUAUCAGCCAAUGGAUAUUCCUGGCCCGCCUACUGAUAUUGCUAAACCUGAAGCACCUUCGACUGAGGGAUUACCAGAUAUUGUCUCACUAGGUCCGUUCGUAUUGCCGAGGCCACCGCCUCUAUCCCCUGAGGAUGUUGAACAUCUAGGCCAGGAGACAGCCAGCAGGAUAUUUUCCAUGAUCUCUAUUCUGCCACAGUCUUCAAAAGCUGUUGUCAACAACCCUUCACAGUCCCUUGGAUUCGGGAGGCUAGCUGCCAGUUCUUCUGAUCGAGAAUCGUGGCUGACCCUUCUUACGAGACUUGCUACCCGCUCACCAGCUGGCCUUGAGAGCGAGGAAAGCGUCGAUGAUCAAAAAGAACCCGGAAAACAGAACAUUGCCAAUACCAUUCGCAAUAUGCUUUACCGCUAUGUCCUAGAAGACUUCAGAGCUCGGAUGAACUUUGCCAUCUCCUGGAUGAAUGAAGAGUGGUAUAAUGAUCAGAUACAGCUGAAGAAUGCCAGCUCACAGAUUGAGGGGGACCCGAAGAAUCCCUAUGUACCAAUUCAUUAUGGCCGCUGGUCUCUGAAGCUGCUGGAGGGCAUGCUUCCAUACCUUGAUGCCAAGGAUAAAGUUCUCAUACGAUUCUUGAGUGAAUUGCCCGAGCUGGACUCUCCGUUGAUACAAAAGGUGAAGACCCUAGCAAACGAUCCGGAGAGAGUCAGCCUGUGUAUUCAAGCUUUGCAUUAUCUCAUCAUUGUCCGACCUCCUGCUAGACAACUCUGUCUAGAUGCAUUGGUGGACUUAUACCAAACAAGUAAGCUAACUUCCCAGCAUGAACCCCCCACACGCAGGAUUUCCAGCUGACUCUUAAAUCAAACAGUGGAAGAAACUCGUCCGCUUGCAACGAAGAUUCUCCUAAAAUGGAAACCGGAGGCUCUCCCGGAGCAAGCGAAACAAGUCCCAAGCCGGGAUCCCCAUCGGAACCCCAAUUCGGCCAAUUCUACGCCUGUGCCUCAGAAUGGUACCACUCCUAAUCCUCAAAACAGCGGAACUCCGAUUCAGACAGCCCCGACUGGCAUAACAUCUUCCUAGUUUUGUUUCUAUCUCUUUUUUCCCUCUUUUUCCUUU